UGCUAGACGACUCAAGCUGCAACACUGAUGUGAAAACAGUAGCCUCUACAUGGAAAGAAAUCAACAUUUCAACGGAUUUAAUGAAGAUAUGCUCAACAGUGUUCAUCACAGCAUCGCUGGUUCAUUACGAGGAGAAACAACAGUGUUUAUGUGGACGAAUAUCCGAGUUGUAGUUGACGUCUCUUUUGUUGCCCCAUGUUUUUACUACUAACGUUAGCAGCAGAGGCAACCCGAAGUUAGCCUUUUUGACUGUGAAAAAAUGAGAGGAUUAACGUACACACGGAGAAAGUCUUUUAAGUUUUGCAACUUAACGUAAGUGUUUGUUUACCAGCUAUGUUUGGUGCAAGUGCUAAGAUGUCUCUGGAGGCGAGUGAUGUCCAAACAGAUGAAGACUACGAGGAGCUGGUUGAAGAUGGCUUUUCCUUCUCUGCUGAUUUUUUGGAAAAGAAAACAAGAUGGAAGAGAUCUUCUAGCAAGCCUCCUCCGUCUCCAAGGUCUCCAUACCUCUCCAGUAUGAAUGUAAACCCCAGAAGAGCAGUGGUGGCCGCCUGGAGGCUGCCGAGGGCCUCCCUGGGGGACACCAGAGGGGACACACCUGGGGACGGUGGCUCAGCUCGCAUCACAUCCCUCAGCAACGGCCACGAUAUGUCACAGACGCUGAGAUCUGAGUAUGAUGCCACACCUGAGCUUCUCAAACAGACCAUGAGCAUGAAAAAACACAAGCAUCUCCUCUCUGGAUCUAACGGCAUCACCCUCAACGCAGGGGACUACAGAGACAAGGAGGACAUGUACGAUGAGAUUAUUCGCCUCAAGAAGACUCUCCAGGCACAUAAGUCUGACAGCCAAAAAAUGAAAGCCAAACUGCGCCGCCUGGAGGAAGAUAACGCUAAAAGAGAGAAGCAGAUAGAAGAACUUUUGGAUCCCACCAAAGGAUCUGAUUACACUCGAAGUUUGGUGGAUAAGAAAAAAGAAGGGAGUGUGGUUAUCAAUGGGCUGAAACAGAGAAUCCUGAAGCUGGAGCAGCAGUGUAGAGAGAAAGAAAAUGCCCUGAGUAAACUACAAAGUGAGCUAAGGACCACCAACCUGGAGGAGCUGAAGAUCACAGUAGAAACAUACUUUGAUGAGAUCCAGAGACUAAGGAUCCUUCUGGAAGCUGCAGAGAAAAGUAGUCGAGCAGAGAGUAAAUGCUCCCAGAGGCAGCAGAAGGUUUUAAGCUCCACGGUUCACCGUCUGUCAGAGAACCUGAAGCAGCUGCAGCAGGAGAACGCUGCGCUCAGAGAGGAGCUCGACACAGACAGUCCUGCAGGAGGAAUCAAAGGCUACAGAGAGUGGAGUAAACAGAGACUGUUGAGAAGGCUGUUGGAGGUGGAGAAGAGGCUGGAGGACAGCAGGAGACACGCCCCCUUGGCAAAUCAAAGCAGCCGGUUGGAUCAGGAGGUCCAGGCCACACCCAUGGAAAUUCCAGGGUUUACCAUAGCAACAGAGGCAAUGGUCUCCGUGGGAACUAGCACUGAGGCAGGCGAGGAGGUUUCUGAAACGAGAGAACGCCUCGGCCAAUCAGAGAAGGAGAGGGCGGAGCUUCAGGAGAGGCUGUCCAAUAAAGAUGAUGAAUUGAAACAGCUGAGGACAGGAAGAGAAGAAUUGGAGACAGAGACAGAACGAUGGAAAGCCGAGCAGACAAAUGAACGCGACAAAGAGAGACAGCAGCAUAAGGAGGAGUUGGACCAAUUGUUGGCGAGGAUCCAAACUCUUGAAGACAGAAGUAAACCCGCACCAGAGGAGCCUGCUUCUCCCUCUGACACACCGCCAGAGCACCAUGAGGACUCUGAGGCUGGAGCCGGUGUGGAAGAGGGAGGAGACGGAGACACUGGAGGUACAGAAGAGAAGGAGGGGGAAAGAGAGGAAGAAUUGUGUAGGGAAGCAGGGGAGAAAGAACGAGAGAAUGCAACGCUGGUCAUCCAGACACACUGGAGAGAGCACAGCAACAGGGACAUUGCGAUGUUGCAGUCAGCAUUAAGAGGUCAUCUCCGCAGAGAGUCACAGCUCAAGGCCUUACUGAGAGAUGCACAGCAAAAGGCUGCAGAAGCAACAAACCGCAGUGACGCUGCAUCCUCCGUAGAGGGAGAGCUGGAUGUGGUUGCCUUGACGAUGGUACAGUCUGCAUUCAGGGGACACCUGGCUCGCUGUAGUCACGCAAUAGAGAGCUCGGGGGUCUCUGUGCCUUCUCCAAUGGGAAACAAUUUGCCCACGUUGGUGCCAAGAAAAGCUCGCUCAACACUCAAAACCAGCAGAACAGGUGCUGCAUCCCCACAUGAACGCAGUGAAAAGCAGGAAGAAGACCCCUGGCUCUCCAGCACUCCCUCCUCCAGGAUGACACCCCCAACAGAGCUUCACUUCCCGGCUGAGUCUGCUGCAGUUGAUUCUGACGACUCAGACGACAUCAUCGUUUCUCCGUCGCGUCCUAUGAGAAGCAGAGAAGUCUUAAUGUUAUAGACCCUCUGGGUUGUGUGUGAAUGUGUGUGUGUGGGUUAGUGUGUUAGAGAGAGAGAGUGUGUGUGUGCAGAAAGAAUUUCUGCCUGUUUCUUCUCAGAUCCUGUAUGUCAUACAGUACCAAAUCUAUCUGGUUUGGGUUCUUACUGAACCUGCAAAUGAUUGCUGCGAUAUUCCAAUAUUAGUAAGGAUCAGAUGGAACACCACAAUGUCUGUCAGAAAUCACUCACUACUCCGUACGCAGUCCUCUAUGUAGAGAGUUUGAUAUACUGUAGUGCUGCUCCAUGUAUACUAAGAAUUAUUAUACCCUAUACAGUGGAAUCAGAGUAUCUCCCAAUCAAUAGUGAAAGUCGUUUUUACAUCCAUGUGUACAACUGAUUAACCAAACACUUCAUACCAUUAUCCGAUGCACGGAAGGAAAUUGUGAAUACGGCAAGAAAAAAGGCAGCAAUUUAGACAUAACUAUUCAAUUCCAAGAGAUUUGGUUUAAUAUAAGCGAAGCACAUCACAACGCAAACACCUGCAAUAAAUCAUUUUGGUAAAAUAUCAUGUUUAUUACAAAAUGCAUAUUGGUAAUUCAUAUGCCUGGUCCACCAAUACACUUUAUUCUGGCUCAGCAAAAACAUAUUUAACCACACAGAAAAUGACCAGCAGUGUGCACAUGGAGAAGUUAGUUAAUGUGUUUGCAGAAACGCCUGAGGACUGUCUUCUUCCACAUGGAAUAAGUAGUAGUAUUAGUAGUAGCAUCUUUUCAUUUUGCCAAUGAGCUCACUUUAUAGCCGUCCACAUAAAGCUCCCUAGACAGUCAGUAGGGAGGUAGGGAGUAGUGAAUGAUUUCUGACACAGACAAUACCUUCUAAAUGCAAAGCGCUUUUAUUCUCUACAGUAAUAACCAGAGCAUUCUGGGACAUUAGGUUCAGGGUUGUGACAUGAAGUUAAGAGGCACAUAAACACAUCACUUGGAUCAUGAUUUAUUUAUGAUGCGGUCAAAAUACAAAACGUCGAUGCAUCCCAGUGUUGACAUGAGUCUAUAGGAUGUUCUCUUUUAGUAGAGCACUCACAUCAACAUAAAACAGAUUUUCAUUUUUCAUCAUUUGAGCCAAAUAUAUUUUCAACGGUCUUCUGUUUCGUCAAUAGUUGUUUUGUUAACCAAGUGCCUACUGCAUGGUUUUCUCUUAAAAUAACGGUAAUAGAUGUAUUAAUUUAUCUUGGCCAUAGUGAGCCACAUCACUGUACGCUCCUCUGGAUUUCACAGGCUUAGAAUAACGAAUGAAUCUUAUUUUGUCAUGUGUGGUUUGUAACACACAAACGCCAUUAGACAAAUAUAUCAUGAGCAUAAAUAAUGGCUCCUUCUGAGGUAUGACUGAGGGAUGAUUCUCAACUGAUGCACUAUUGAUCAAACUGUGAAUAAAUUAUAGAUCAGUCUGCUGCAAUACUAAACACACAGUACAGUGGAGGACACACAGGGAGUAUGUCUAAUGCCAAUAUAAGGAGAUCAACAGAGAGAAUGGAUGAGUGCCGUUUCCCCCACUUGAUGUGUGUAGCUUCUGUUCUGAAACAUUUAAUAAAAUGCUGUUUUUAUAGUGAAA